UUCAAGAUGGCCGCUGAAGAGAGGUGAUUCGUGGCAAAAUAUUUAAAUCAGCAGGACUAAAAGGAAGAAAUGGAUACCUCAGACCAAGAUGAUGGUCUCUUAAAGACGCUGUUUAAGGAGUCUUUUCAAGGUAAUUGAUAUAUUUUCUUAGGACCUUUUAAAAAGCACUCUUAUUGAACGUUUGUCUUAGUGACUCCAACACCUGAAAACACUCACAGCCAGCCAAAUUAGCCUUGUCGUCUCUCCAGUGUUAUGUAUUUCAGCGUUAGAGGUAAUAAAGAAUUAUGAAAAUAAAUGGUAUGGCAGGCUAUUUGCUAAUUUUUCAAAUCGAUCGAUCACUUGUUGUUUAGUUUUUAUGUGGCCAAGGUUUAAUAAAGUAGCAACACCACUAUACUAGUCAACAAUUUUGAAAUGCUGUAGCUCUUUUGGCAUCCUGAUCCAUUUUGGUUGCAAGUGACAAGUAAAGCAUUGCCUGAUGGACUAUUGUUAACAAAUUUUAUUGUUUUCUGCACUUGAUGUUGUCACGGUUAGUCCACUUUAAUCACAGAUCUCAUGAUUGUUAUUCACUUAUUGUGGAUUUAGCAAAAUUUGCUGACAAACUUCUACGGUUUUCAGAGACGUGGAAAGAUAGUCCAGAUUUUGCCUUGUAUCUAGCUGAACUGAGUGCUUCUAGCCUGGAAAAACUGAGUAAGUCAUACAAAGGACAUGAACGUUGAGUGUACAAUAGCAUUUAUGAAAGUUUUUUUUGUAAUGAUCUCAACAAAGUUUCAACACUCCACAUUUGGAAUUGCCAUUCUAUGGGCCAAAAUUAGUUGUCUAAUGCCAUUUAUCAUACCAUAUAUUCUGUCACAUUUUGUGACAGAAUAGAUCAUUACAAUUUUGCAGCAAAUUUAACAGGAGCUCUACAUGAGGUUUUCAAAGCAAAAUAAUGUAUUGGUCAAAUCGAAGCUUCAACAUCCCCCUCCCGGGCAAACCCCGGGCAUUUGACUUUUUUGAAAAUUAUUGUUCAAAUUCCUCCCUCCCCACGCCAAAAUGCUGUUCAAAUGCCCUACACUAGGGUCCAUUAGGGUGAUCAAAUGCCCCCACCCCAGGGACAUUUCACAGGCACAUGAAUGACAGAAGGACAGAAAAAAUGCAUUCAGUUGUCGAACAAAAUCUUUAUAAAUACAGCAAAUAAUUUCGAACAAAACUCUCGUGCAAAGCGGCGGAAAUCGCUGCUACAAGGACACUGAAGGCUCAGUUUUUCGUCGUUUGUCGUGCAACACACAGCGCGUUCUAUAAAAAAAUCCCACCUACUGAGAUUACUACAUUCCAUACAUGUGAUUCAUGACUAUUUCACUGACGUGCAUCAUAGCUGCACCUAAUUAAUAAACAUACAUGCGGGCAGGCGGUGUGCGACAAACACAGACUGCAGACUUGCAUACUGGCAGGUAAAUGAGCAGGGGCACCCAACAUCAAUUUUCGGAAAAUAUCUUUUCGGAAGACGAUUUGAGAUCUAGAAUUUUCGGAACAUUUGUUGUAAAAUUUCUUGCUUGCCUACCUCUCCUACGAUUUUAACGGAUUUUUACCCUAAAAAGGUCGCCUAGAAUUUUCGGGAACCUUUUUUCUGACCGAAAUUUUUGAAAAGGUAAGUUUUGAUCCCUAUAAUUUUCCGAUCACUAGACUUUCAGCUAGGAAUGCGGGUGGGAUGUUGAAGCUUCGAUUUGACCGAUUCAGAACUGUAAAUUAGCAUUUUUACAUUCCGUUUUUUAUCAAGUUAUGUAUUUUUUUGUUACUGCAUUGCUUGUCAAAUUAUUGCACAAUUUUUAUUGAGCAAAUGCCAGUCAGAGCAAGAACCAUUUCUUCAUUUGAUUAUGUAAUAAUUAUUACUAUUUGUUGUAGGCAGAGAACCAGAGAGACUGGCUGAGGAAAAGGCACAGAUUUUAGAACAAACUGAACACUUAGCUUUUCAUAAUUACAAGACAUUCAUCAAAACUGCAGAGUGCUCUAAAGAGAUCUUUCAUGAUGUAAGUACUCAACAGUACAAUUUUUUGGCAAAAUGAUGUUGCCCUUUUUUGGCUGUUAUUGAAGAUUGAAUUAAAUUACUUUGUACAUGUAUGCAGGUAAAAUUCAGUGCUUUGUGCACAUUUUGGUCAGGUUUUUCUUAUCCAAGGAUUUGUUGCAAUUUUUCUGGAUGUGAGCAUCUGAAAAAAGCAACGUUGUUUUGGGCUCACAAAACUUUGAUUUUUCAAAUCCUAUUUAUAUAUUUAUUUAUUUAUUUAUUCAUUUAUUGUUAACCUCCACUUGUUCCAAUCUUUUGAUCUUUGUAUCAGUCUCACUAGAAUCUUUUAUUUUAAAGUAAACAGUCAGCUUCCUUGUUUGUAAAAUACAUGACAAAUUUUAUCCUAAAAAGUUUGUUUCAGUGGAAAGUCAUGUUGAGUCACUUUUGGACAAGCUACCAAGAUUUUCUGAAACAUGCAGCAAUUUCAUGAAGGCUGCACAAGAAAUAAAUAGCAGGUAUAAUCAAGCUGCUUUACAUGUGUCUGCCUUACUUUAAUUCCUACAAAGUCUGUUCAUUUAUUCAUCAUAAUUAUUUCAAAAUCUAACAACACUUGCUGGCAACUGCGGUUCAAAUUAAUACAUUUCAGUCACAAUGUCAGGCAGUUAGUCCUAUAGAGUCAUUAAUCAUAACUAUAACAAAAUUGUCAAAUCUGAUUGGCUCUCAACUGCUCUGAUUUCAGCCUUUAUUGGACAGUUUAAUAGGACAGUACACGUCAUGCCUAAGUAACUGGACAGUACCCACCAUCACAUGCGCGCUUAAAUGGCUUUUUUUUUCACUGCUAGCAAAACAAAAUUUCGAAUUUCUUGUGUUUUGGUUUAAAAAAUAGCCUAUUGUAUCACAAUUUUUUUUAAAGUUAUGAUUAAUUGGUAACGGAACUUCGUGUCGUCCAAUUCAGUCUGUAAUCAUACUCGUGAUUAAACAAAUCGGACUCCCACUACGCGGUCGUCCAAUUUUGUUAAUCACUCGUAUGAUUACAAACCGAAUUGGACUCCACUCAGUCCUGUUACCAUUACUUAUUCAGCCAGUUAUCUAUUUUCUAAUUACUCAGGUCAGUCAAUGAGCCAGUUAAUAAGUUAGUUUAGUAAUUCAGGCUGCCUGAGUCAGUUAGUCUGGCAGCCAGUCAGUCCCUCAGUCAGCCAUUCAGUCUGUCAAGUCAGUCAGUGAGUCAGUUAGGUAAGUCAGGUCAGUCAUGUCAAGUCAGUCAGUCCAUCAGUCAGUCAGUCAGUCAGUCAGUCAGCCAGUCAGUCAGUCAGUUAGUCAGCCAGUCAGCCAGUCAGUCAGUCAGUCGGUCAGUCAGUCAGUCAGUCAGUCAGUCAGUCAGUCAGUCAAGUCAAUUAGUUAGUCAGUUAGUCAGUUUAGUAGGUCAGUCAGCCAUUCGUUUAUAAUUCAGCCUAAUGAACCAGCCUGUUCUUGACAUAUUCAGUGAACAGCAUUUAGAUCAAAAUAUUAUGUGCAAUAUCAAAAUGACAAUGGUUGUGUCACUUCUCUCACUUCUAGCCGCCAUUUAAAUUCUUUAACAUUAGCUCGCCAUACCCAGUUGCUGGAGAUUCUGGAAAUUUCACAGGUAUGAAACAAACGUUUUGUAUUCUCAGUAAUUUUGGUCUUUUUUGAGAUGGUCUCAGGUAAUUUACUUUCAUUAUGAAAACCAGGCAAAAGGCACUGGUGAGCCUGAGUAUUACACUGUGCCUGCAAGUGAGCUUCCUGUUGCCAUUAAUCGGGCAUGAGAAGCAAGGGUUUUCACCAGCGAACACUUAGGGAAGGAAACCACUGGGGAAUUUGCUCAGUUCUCUGAUGAGAUCUCUUGCCUCCUGUCCUUGAGAGAAUAGUAAGCUUGCUUGAAGGAUAAGACAUUGCUCACACUGGGCAACUGAGCAUAAUCCCGUAGUAUGGUACUUUCUGGGCAUCAAUGUGAAUAUGCCCUUUUUUCAAGUACCCAUGCCAGAAUUCGACCUCAGCACCAAUGACUAACUACAAGAAUGAGAUUUUGUUUUUGGACACCAACGUGGGAACUGGGAUCCUUUGAGAACAUGUUUUGCAUUGGAUCUGAGGCAAACUACUGCUUUGCAUACCCAUGACUAGCUCCCAGUGUGCUUGUGCUCCAAAAUGGAAUCUGACAGGGUGAAAUGGGGCAAAUAUGUACAAAGUGACAUGCCAGAUACCUCAGGUGUGAACACGACACUAGUUUGUGCUGCUACCCAGUUGCUAGUACUCAGGCACCUAGUGUGAACAACCCCUCAUAUUAGAGUCCUUUAUGUUUACACUGUACCAUCUGUGUAAGCACAACAUUAGAGAGAAUUAGAAUCACUCUGAUGGCUGUUCAUCCUUGUGUUUUUUGCCUGUAGAGACUUUCUCUCACUCUAUGAUGAAAAAAAUUGUUGUGAAUUAUGUUGUUAUUUACAGCUUAUGGAUUCAUGUGUUCGCAAUGGAUACUACGAGGAAGCUCUGGAACUAUCAUCAUAUGUGCAUCGGCUGGAAAAGAAACUCUCUAACAUCCCAAUCAUUCAGAACAUAGUGGAAGUUGUUCAGUCAUCAACACAGCUGAUGUUGUCUCAGCUUUUGCAACAGCUGCGAUCAGCUAUCCAGCUGCCUGCUUGCUUGCGUGUGAUUGGUUACCUCAGACGACUUGACAUGUUUUCUGAAUCAGAGCUCAGGAUCAAGGUAUUUCCGUAAAUCUCAAAUAAAAUGGAGGUAAUGUAUAGAAGGGCGUGUAUAAAUGUACAUUUUCUGAAAAAGUUGAAUCUCGCUCAACUUUUACGUUAUCGUGCCCCCGUCCAUACAUUACCUCUGUUUUGAUUACACGAGUGAGUUUUACAUACCUUCAUGUAUGCGCAUAAAUUUUACGUGGUUACAAAGUAAAAAUUACACGACAGUGAAAAUCCACCCUUGUUUGGAGCUCUGUUAAAUUUGGUGCAACCUGGCAGAGAAUUUGGGAAAUUGUGUUAAACUGCAGCAAGUAUUACAUGUACAGUACAAAAUGCAUUUACACUGGAAUACCGUUUACACACUAAACACUAACUCAGCCUUCAGGGCUGUACCUGUGUAUUCUUUUCUGCUGUACUCCUGGUGUUACACUGGUCCUCUCUUCCUUGAUUCUCCACUCUACAAAUGAAAAGGGAACUGGAGCCAAUAUGCAUCCAGCAAUUGUUUCUGGGAUCAUUACUGGGGACAUGCCUGUCCCAUAAGUCUUUGCGGGAGUUAACUCAGUCCAGUUUUCGUCUUGCUUCAAAAGUGGUGAUUUCGUACUUCACCUCUGUCAAACGUGUCCCGUAGGAAAGGUAUUCCACUACUUUUCUAUGAUUUUGGGCCAUUUACUUUAGAGGACUGUCGUUGCUUCAGAGCCAUAAGAUAAAAAAUAAAAAUCCAUGCAAGUCUGCUUACAGAAUGGCUUCUGUCAUGUAAUGUCAGGGACAAUACCAGUGGCCGAUCCAGGGGAGGGACCUGGGCCUUUAUUUUUAAACCAAACUGAGGUGCCAAGGGCUGAAAAAAUUUUUUUGAGACGGGACCCCCCUUCAGAUCUCAGGGUCUAGAUGACCAAUCCCCCCUCCCCUCCCCUCCCUUAUCUGAAGGUCUGGAUCCGCUACUGAAUAGUGUUACUGCUACUUUCAGGUUAAGGGACCGGGAAGCCUUAAGUAUUGAACCCCCAUGGUAAUAGAGACAUAAACUUGAUAUCGCCUUCAAAACGUUUUUCUGCAAUUUUAUUAAUGUUAAUAUUAAUGUAAUUUUAUCGCCUUACAGUUCCUUCAAGCACGCGAUGCUUGGCUUCAGAGUGUUCUGGCCUCAAUUCCAUCAGAUGAUCCUUAUUACCAUAUUACCAAGACCAUCGAGACAAGCCGUGUUCAUCUAUUUGAUAUUGUUACGCAAUACAGAGCCAUAUUCUCCGAUGAUGACCCAAUAUUGUCAAUGGAAAACGAGGACAGCCCAAUGUAUAGCAACCUUUUCCACUGCUGGGUUGUGCAAAAGGUACGCUAUGUUGAAUGCCUCUGGUAAAAAUGAACCUUUGAUUAGGGUGCUUUUAAGUAGAGAAAGAUUGUGAAGUAACUAGAGAAGAUUGUGAUAGGGAACUGUAUGGGUUGAGCGGAAGUCCUUUUGGCGAAAAGUAAUAAAUGCCAUGUUAGAAGGUUGUACUUAGUCGGAUUAUUACAGUAGACACUUGGAACGCAACAAAAUACGUUUGUCGGCUUUUAAGGUCAAACGAGGGGGCAAAGUCCAACGGAAGGGAAUGUUCGCGGGGGGGGUGGCAACUCAACUUAAGCCUGCGACCUCUCUUCGGCCUAUCUUUCCUCGAAUACAAACAAGUUUGAUUUCGGGCGACCAUUCGUAGGGAGAGGAACACCUGAAAAAAAAAAUGCUUAUUCCCUUGUGUGAUCUGUUUGUGGGACAAUUCCUUGGUACCAAAUGAAAGUAAAACAGUUGCUUAUCAGCAUAAAAUGGCUAAACAACGUUCAAAAUUCAUUUCGCCGUAAAAAAAAAAAAAACGCCGGUCGAAUUGCUCAUAGCCAAUUAUAGAGACAUUUUUUAGAUUUAUUGGAAGGGGUACGUGUUGAGAAGCAUCUUUGAAUAAAGAUGUUAGGGGCACUAAAACGAGACGGCCUUUUUUUUUCUGCUUCAAGGUGCAACAGUUUUUGAAGACUUUAGAGUAUGACUUGGAGCGUGGAGUUGGUAGUCGACUAGAUUCACUUUUGGGACAAUGUAUGUACUUUGGUCUGUCAUUCAGCCGUGUUGGAGCUGACUUCAGAGGGUUACUUCCUCCACUCUUUCACACGGCUGCAAUGAAAGCAUUCAGUACAGCGGUGCUUGAUGCUACGGAGAGGUGCGUUGUGUUUGCGUGUGUAGAAAGUAGUUAUGAAAAAUAUCCCGAUUUUCCAAGUCGUUGUUUUAUUAUUUCAAGUCUUGUUACCAUCUUUGGUUAUGUGUAGUAUUGGAGCAAUAUGUUCCCGAGAUUCGGCAAUUUUAUCUGCUUUUGCUGUGAAUGUUGAGAAAACUUCAUGAAAUCGUUAUUUGUAUGUCCAUCAGAUUUGGAGAUUUGUUUUGGAUGUAAUGUGAUCGAUUUAAUCUCUUUCAAGUGGGUUUCUUUAUCUAAAUAACUGAUCUUUAUUCUUUGAAAUUAAAGGUUUAAUGAAACGAUGAAGUCGUAUUCUCCCCAGUCUCUUUCAUCCUCUGUCACGGCCACGAUGCUUUCUACAAUGACAGCGAAGGUACGUAAUGUCUCACCUCUGCAAGACUGGGUUUAUGUGGCGUUGUAGAACUCAGCAGAGCUGAUCAGUUUUUGAGCUGCCUUUGGCGAAAUGAGCAUAGUUGUCUACUUAGGUUAAGAACUUUUGAGCAAUUUGAUAACAUUGUGUAUAUGAGCAACUAGGAAAACUCAGCGCUCUAACAAUUGGCCACCGCGUCUCCCACUACUUCAAGCAAUCAGGGUGUCUUCUCCCGGUUUUGAUCGUAAAAUUCGUCAUUCAUUUGGUAAAGGAAAAAAAUAUCGCCUCAUGCGAUGUGAUAGGUAUAUCCGUAAGUAGUGAUAGCACGUAGCACGUGUUCUUGUUUUUUUUUUUUGGCACCGCGAUUUUUUUGGCUGAUGAUUGGUUCGCUGCAUUUGCUUUGAUUGGCCUAAGUUCUACUCCCCACUCCAGAAACUCUUAAGGGAAAUGGGUACAAGCUUUCGGCGCAACGAUUUCUGGGACCGUUUUCGGUGGACAAGCGUUGCGUAUGAUCGGUUUAUGGUUGCCUUGAAUACCAUCCACCAAACAUCAAACGAGCCAAAAAAUCACUGCAUGCAUUGCUUAUACCCAUUUUCCCUUGAGUUUCUAAAGUACGGAGUCAUAUCUACUCACGCAAAUAGGCCAUUCCCGAGUUCCCCUCAGCCUCUGUAUCAAAACGAGGUGAAGUGCACAGCCUUUGACAUGGAAAUGAUUUUUCAUUCUUAUGCAAAUCAAACUCAUUUUCGUUGUGCACUUGGCCUCAUUUUGAAAGUGAGGGAUUUUGGAACUCGGAAGUGACCUAUUAUCCUUGCAUGUCCCUCUGUAACGGUAAGCUAAAUUCCGUCAUUGAGAUCGAAAGAUAAGUAGCAAUUCGCUGUAAUUUUCGACCGCCUUUUCAAACAAAUGGAAACUUUUCCUUAUUUAAAUUUGUUGGCUUGCACCUGUUACCCUCCAGCCAAUCGCUUUGUUGGGGUAUGCGUCGGUCCCCCUUAAAGUUAAAUCAUCCACCCUUACCUCUUUUCCUUUAUUGUUAGGUGGACAAAACUAUGUAAGUUAACCAAGGUCACGCCUAAAUUAAACCUCGGUUAUUUCAAAUAACUGUCAGUUUUAUCCGUUGUAUAUGUAAUUACGUAGUUAUAGAAAUCUGUAUUUUUUCUUUUUGUUUUUGUUUUCAAUAAUAUGUGUGCUUUUCUGUGCUGCAAUAUAGCAUUAAAUAAAGAUAAAAAUAAAAAAGUGUGGAGUUUACUUAUUAUUUUGUUUUCCUCAUUAAUUGUUGUUGUUUUUAUUUUUGUAGCCCGAUGAUACAGGAGCAGAUCUCCAUCCUCCCAGCUCUUUGUUACAACAUCCACCCCUUGCGGCCUUCACUAACAGUGUUUUAUCAGCCUUCAAUGAGCUGAGACAUUGCGCACCAUUAGCUCUUGUCUCACCAGUCACUGAGGUUCUUCAGUCCUCCUUUGCAUCUGUGAUACACACCACAUGCGCCUUCCACAGGUAAAUGAAUUCUGCAUAUUUUGUGGUACUUCUUGGUGUUGCAGACGGGUACAGUCACCAAAUGACGUAAUGGAGCGAUUUUCGUAUGACCUUGAAAAAUGGUUUCGGUAAGUGUUCGUUAUUUUUUUAUCAGCCAAUGGAUGAAAAGAUCAAAACAUGGGUUCUUCGUUUCUCUGCCAAUCGUGUUGCAGUAUGACGGCAAAGCGUAGUAUCGAUUGAUUUCUAGAAGGUUCUCGGGCAUGAAGUUUUUUCACCUGAGCGUUCGCUUAACCAACCAGAAGCCACACGCGUUUGUAUCCGUUCAACAAAACCAAUCAAAUCGCACUAUUUUCGUUCGUUUGUUGUUUCUGUUUUGUUCGCGCGUUUUCAUUUGAAGGUCUUACGAAAAUCGCUCUAUAAAAGAUUGAAAAGACACUUUACAAUACCCACGCCACAACACACAAGCCAACCAACAGUGGUUUGCGCAACAUCAGGAAACAUUCGCUUUUUGGCGCAGACCUUCGCCGCUGCCAUGAUCAGGGAAAAGUAUUUCUUUCCAGGGUCUCGACAAAUUUUAGGGCCUGCCAAAGUUGGUGAGGGGUCAUGAAAUUAUUCUUUCAGGGUGCCCGAGGAUUUCAUGAAGCCCAUAUUAUCGUCCGGACAAAACUAUUCCGUAGCUGAUCAACUUUGAUACCCCCCAUGUUAUGUAAGAAAUACAAAUGUUCCGAAAAGCGUUAAGUGUUAAAAAUGUGGAAUAGGAAUGUUCAUAGACUAAAAAAAGAAGCGGAAGUUAAUGUUUACGACAGGUCAAUAAAAAUUGCUUGCAGGUCAAAGGAAGUCAACCAGUAGUUAAGAAAUAUUAUCCGUUCAAGUGGAAAGCAAAAAAAGUGCCUCUUUCGAGCUUCGUUUUCCAGAUUUCCCGUUCAUGAUAUUUGUCCAUUGGGAUUGCCUAAAGCUGAGGAGGAAUCCGGGUUGAAAAACUGGCUAUUUUCAUUAUCCUGUUCCUAAACUUAUAGAAACUUAGUUCCGGAUCAUGUGUCGCUAACGGUCCAUAAGCACAUCUUUGUUCUCGCGAGCUUACUAUCUUCUCAGAGCCUUCAAGCUAUCACUAGUAAGGUUUUGUUAUCCAUCACUUCUUCCUCUGGCCAGUUACAUCAUAUACUGCAAGCCAAUCAAAUACAACUGUACAGCUGAUACCAAAUUAUGUUAAAUACGUAGCGUUGACAGUCAAACCCGGGAAAAUUGCUUGUAGUGCGGUAUAAUAUAUUUUAUAAUCCUUGUUAAUAUUCCUAUCAUUUUAUUGGUUUUCAGAGCAGAAGCGGCCGCCCUCAAUGAAUCUGAAAGAGCUACAUUUGCAAAUUUCUGUCAAGUAUUGGGUAAACAGCUUAUACCGUACAUAAACCGCUGUUUAGAGGCGAUUUUUCCGAGUUCUGCACUGAGUAUCGUGCAGGGGGUUCCUAGUGCAGCCAGUACGUCGCUAAGACUUGACGUUAAGAGAUUACAUGUACUGUUGGAGCCAGUCAUGCCGCAAGAAUCUACAGAGGAGGAGGAAAAACCUCGUGGAAAACAAGAUGUUAAAAGCCGCCCUAGCAUACCACAGGAUACCACGGGGGAAACGGAACAGCCUCGUCAUGAGAACGAGGCUGAAAGAGAGAAAGAAAAAGAGCAGAAAAACACUGACCAGGAAAAAGGACAUCUUACAGAGCAAUCUGUGGAGACAGAAUCAUUGAAUGAUGGUGGGGAGAAAGUAUCGGAGUCUGAACAGCAUGAGCCAGAUUUAACUUAGUAGUAAACAGUUGUAGAAGCCAUAAUUAGGGCACCUACCAUUGGUCAGACAAUGACCGACCACACCCUUCCAGUCGAAAAGAGAAUUCCACAACAGUUGAAAUUCUCCACAGCGGCCACCUUGGGCUGUUCCAGGUUCUCAGAUAGUGGGGAAGACCCGAAAGUGAAAGGUGCGCGAAAAGUUGGCGGGGCGGGAGGGGUACCCUCCCCUUUUUUCCUGUUCGCGCUUUCUCAAUUCAGCGGACCCGACUAUCUCGGAGCCUGAAAAAGGUUAGGGUCACCUUGGGGACAGGAAAAAGUGACCAUUGUAGAGAGGUGGCCGUCGCACUGAGGUUUAAACAAGGGCCAAUGUAUGGACUGUCGGCCGAAAAAAGUGGCCAUUGUAGAGAGGUGGCCGUCUUAGUGAGAUUUAAACAAGAGCCAAUGUAUGGACUGUCGGCCCAAAAAAGUGGCCGUUGUAGAGAGGUGACCGUUAGUGAAGGUUAGACUGUAUUAGUCCAGCCAGCCAGAUGAGUAAAUCUUUAAUAGUAUGUAGGGCAGAAAUGAGUUUUUAACGAAAACGUUCCAAAAUAGCGUGUUCCAUUUUCAAAAUGACCUAUAUUGCCUUAUCACACUCACAACUUGUUUUCAUUUGAGUUGUCGAUUGCAAGAGGCAAAGUACGGCAAACUGCCUCAAACAGUUUUAAACUAGACUCCCUAUGGACCAGUUACAGGCGUCCACUAUGGGUAGUUUUCCGUGCUAUAAAAAACUUAGUGAGUAAACCAGCCAACCACUGAUACUUUUAUUUUAACGCCCAGUUGCUCAAAAAUGGGAUAGUGCUAUCCAUCGAAUAAGUCGCUAUACAGCGAAUAAGUAUUAGGGAAAUUAUAUUGUGUUAUCCUCUGGAUAGAGAUUUACGCAGCGGAUAGCACUAUCAACCUUUGGAACAACUCGGGCCAAGGCUGUAAAUCUUACAGGGGUGUCUGCAAAGCAAGGUUUCCCACCUUUAAAGUCACCAACUUAUGGGGACUUACCCCUCCCCACUUAAGUGUCAUUUUGACGGGUGUCUGGUUGUCUGGUCUUUUAAGGUGGAUUUCCACUGACGCAUUUUUGGCUACUCACGCUAAAGCACGUAAACUCUAAUUACGUAAAUAAAAUAGAGGCAAGAUAAAAAGUGCUGAGUGAGGUUCAACUUUUACGGUCACGAGCGACCUUUCAUGCAUUGCCUCUAUUUUAUUUGCGAACGUAAAUUUUACGCACGUACGCACGUAAAAAUUACGCGACACUGGAAAGCAUUCAUUUGUUAUUGUCUCCAUAUAACAGGGCCGGCUUCCACCUUAAACGGGUUUCUGCUUUUCAUUGUCUGUACAGCAAUGCCGGGAAAACGCAUGUCGUUCCCAUAGGUAUUAAAAGAUUAAAAAAGUAGGAAAGAUUUUAGAAACAGAAAUAAGAUAAGCUGCAUCGCUGUGAGAAUAGUGGGUGUUCAGAAAGCUGCAACACAUUAUUUAAUCACUUUAUUCCCUGAAGCGUGUGAAAGAUCUUUUAAAGGGUUAAUGAAAAGAAAUUUGUAAUUUUUACGUACUCUUUAUUAAAAACGAAAUAAAAACAGAAGGAAU